AAGGUUCACUUGGCGAGACGACACUUCAGUGACUUGUCUCCUGCACGCUGCACAUCUCGCGCAAUGGCUCACCUCUGCCCUCCGCCACCGCGGCUUCCGCUGCUGCUGCUGCUGCUGCUGCUGCUGCUACUACUGUUAGUGAGCGCCGCCCUCGCUGAUGGCAGACACGAGUGCCAGCGCCCCUGCGAAGUGGGCGAGACCCGCAACUGCCACUACGACUUCCACGUGCAGGAGUACUAUACGAUGAGCCGCGCCUGCUACAGCUGCCCCGACAACCUGGACGACUGCUCGCGGGAAGAGUGCAUCGUAGCGGACGGCGCGAGCAUCCCGCUGCAGGCCGUCAACCGCCAGCUGCCCGGCCCCUCCAUCCAGGUGUGUGAAGGGGACCGCGUGGUGGUAGACCUGCACAACGACCUGCUCAGCGACACCGAGACGCUGCACUUCCACGGCAUGUCCAUGAACGGCCACCAGUACUACGACGGCGUGCCCUUCCUCACCCAGUGCCCGGUGCUCACCACAUCCUUCAGAUACGACUUCAUGGCUACGUCCCCCGGCACUCACUUCUGGCACUCCCACGUCGGUCUGCACCGCAGCAGCGGCAUCUUUGGGUCCCUGGUGGUGCGGCAGGCCGAGGACCCCCACCGCGGCCUGUACGACCUGGACCUGCCCGAGCACGUGCUGGUGGCGAGCGACUGGGACCACGCGCCCAUCGAGACCACCUUCUGGGCCAGCCACCACGCGGGGAUCUUCGCCUUCCCAAAAAACAUCCUCAUCAACGGCAAGGGUCGCGACCUGACCUCAGAGGUACUGCUGCCCCUGGAGGUGGUGCGGGUGAGGCCUGGCUUAAGACAUCGCCUCAGGUUCGUGGACGGUGGCGGCGGAGACUGCCCCAUGACAGUCUCCGUGGAUGGGCACCGCUUGACCAUCAUCGGCAUGGACGGGACUCCCAUCGUGCCCUUCACCGCUGACUCGUUCAUCAUGCUCUCAGGUGAAAGAUAUGACGUGGUUCUAGAAGCAGACCAACCCGUGGGUAACUAUUGGAUAAGAAUCAACGGCCUUGUUUUAUGUGGCGUCGUGCAGGCCAGACAGGGCGCCAUCCUGCGGUACGAGGGAGCUCCUGAAGAAGAUCCUGCAGACGACCUCCUGUACCAGCCCAAUCCCUUUGGCGUGACUGUGAACCCCCUGCAGCCUGACCCUGACGCCCCGAACCUGGUCAAUCUGGCCUCGCUGAACGCCCUGGAGCCCUCCGAGCUGGACGAGCACGUGGACAAGAUGUUCUACAUCGCCUUCAACUUCCACGCCGUGAACGCCACUCCCUUCUUCAACCCCGAGCUGUACCCAUACAACAGGGUCCCGCCCAAGUUCCAAAUGCCAUCACCUCAAGUGAACGGCAUCACCUUCAACUACCCCGAGGCGCCGCCGCUCUCCCAGCCCGAUUCCCCGCAGCCCACCGUGUGUCUGUACGGCGAGGAGCCGCCCUGUGACGGGGACUAUUGUUCCUGCACCUACGUGUUCGAGGUGGCGCUCGGAGACAAGGUGGAGUUCAUACUGAUUGAUGAGGGUGAUUUCAUCAACUCCAGCCACCCCUUCCAUCUGCACGGCAACAACUUCCACGUGGUGGCCAUGGAACACCUCGGAGAUAAGACGUCCGUAAAGGAGGUGCAGGCGCUGGACGAGGCUGGGCACAUCAAGAGGCGCCUCACAGACACCAUACAGAAGGACACAGUCAACAUUCCCCACGGAGGGUACACCAUUGUCAGGUUCACCGCUGAUAACCCAGGCUGGUGGGCGAUGCACUGCCAUCUGGUGGACCACUCUGAGAUGGGCAUGGUGGGUGUCCUGCACGUGGGCACCCGAGACGACCUACCCCCAGUACCAGAAGACUUCCCAACCUGCGGCCCCUUCAUGCCCCACGUGUAGCAAGCUGGCGCGGUCCUCUGCUGCAGGACGACCAGGUUGUGUGGGUGUCCUGACGAUGCUGAUGACCCCAGACGACUUGUGGUGGUGUGAUGCUGUGGUGGCGACGGUGACUGGUGUGGUGGUGAGAGUGGUAGGUUGAUGGCGUGGUGUGGUGUGGUGAUGAGAGCUUUAGUGGUGGUGUAGUGGUGACUGGUAUGAGUAAGGUGGUGGUGGUGGUGGUGGUGGUGGUAGUGAGUGUGUUGGUCCAGGCGUCAGCUGAGUGUCAUGGACGUGUCUCGAGUAGUAUCAGAUCAGGGAUUAACUGAGUAACUGAUUGGGUGACUGACUGACUGACUGAUUGUAAGUCUUCGCGCUGCACCAUGGGGGUCGAGGCGCGGUGAGGUGACGGGGUUGCCUCGUCUCGUCAUCCACUCAGCUCACACAAGGACUGAAUGGCUGACCUGAUGAUACCUGGGAGUUGCUGUGGCCUCCUCCCAUCCCGUGCAAAAUGGGCAAGGACAUUUUGGUGAUGUAGGUGUUAUUGUAGUUGUUAUUCUUGCUUGGGCCAGUCUACGUACUUAGCACGAAACAUGAUUUAUGUAAAAGAGACAGAAAAAAAAAAAAAAUGAUUUCCUUUAUUUAUAUUAAAGUCUUUUCCUUGAGAAA